AGCUGGGCUCCAACUUGCAAUGCUCCUGCCUGGGCUUCCCAGGGUACUGGGACUGCAGGCAUGUGCGCCACCUCACCCGGCUUUUCCUGGACUUCACACAAUGUGAUGCUCUCUCAAGAGACGUUGCACACCAAGAGAUGCUUAGGGAAGGUUGGGGCCAGGGAGGAUGUGACACGGGGAGACCAGGAAAGAAGACCGUGGACGAGGAAUAGCUUGGCACCUGCUAUGCCUUUUCCAAAACUUGCUCACCGACACAAGGCUCCUACAUCAGUUUGACAGGUGGAUAAACUCUUUCCUAUGGGCCUUUGAAGAGCCUUGAAUCUGUCAGGCUUGCAGGAGGCAGCUGGAAAAAGGCUACUUCUGGCCACAGAAUCCCUUUUUUCCAGGAACCACCUUGUAGGUACAGGCAUCCGGGACAGCUCCGUGCUGGCUGUUGACACAGAGCUCACGAGGCCUUGUUGAGGCACCUCCUUCCUCCUGGCUGCCCCGGAUGGAAGAGAUUUGAGCCUACAGAAGGGAGGUGCCCUGUUCCACGUGCCAACAAGAGGCAGUGUUGCCUGGGGCUCAAGGGUCCUGGGGUUUGGGCCCUGCUUCACCGCUUCCUACUACAUAGCCUUGGGCAAGUCACUUGACUGCUGGUGCCUCAGUUUCCCCAUUCUAGUAUAGUGUCUCCCCCGGGAACUUCGGGUUAAAUUGCUGAUGCAGGUGAAGCCUGGGUGCUUUCAAGUGCUUCAUCCUAGGCCCCAGGCACAAUCAUGCUACGCUUUUCUCAGAGUGCAGCUGGAGGGGUGGUUGUGCUGCUCUGUCAGUACCUUCUUAUGGGCAAAACAGCUCUGAUCUCUGUGGCCAUUGAUUGUCGAGCCAUCCUGCCCUUGAACUUUCUCUCCACUGACUCACUCAGCCUGUCCUUUGUGCCCAGCUUCCACUCAGCAUUUGGUCUCAACCUCCAUCAGUGUCGUUGGCUGUAACUUUGUUCUCUUUGGCUGUCAUGGUUUGGACCCCAGAUUUCCUCCUCUGCACCAGCCUGCGGUCACAUUACAUCGCUGUUCUCUCUGUCCUUCCUCCAGGUCUCCAAGCCUGGGCAGGAGAGGGCUGCCCACCUCUGAGGCCCAUCUCGUGCCUGCCGUCUUGAAGACGGAACAUCUGUGGCUGCUUCCCAGGGCCAGGCGCCAGGUCUCGGGGGGUCUGCUCUGCGUUUUGGGGACAGCACCUUAGGAGAGCCACACUGCAGCCUCCAUCCAGAGGAAAGAGCUGACAAAGGGGCCCUGAGCCCAGCCUGCCCCCGUACCCAGCCCCAGAUGGGCCUGGACUGGCAGUCCUGAGCAGCCAGAGCUGAUGCCCGGCCCCCAGGGGGGCGGAGGAGCCCCCACCAUGAGCCUGGGCAAGCUGUCGCCUGUGGGCUGGGUGUCCAGCUCACACGGGAAGAGGCGGCUGACCGCAGACAUGAUCAGCCCCCCACUUGGGGACUUCCGCCACACCAUGCAUGUGGGCCGUGGGGGGGACGUCUUCGGGGACACCUCCUUCCUCAGCAACCAUGGUGGCAGCUCUGGAGGCAACCACCGCUCGCCCCGCAGCUUCCUGGCCAGGAAGCUGCAGCAGGUGAGGAGGGUCAGGGUGCCAGCCCGGAGGAUGGCCUCGCCACCCGGACCCUCACCAGCUCCACCUGCCAUCUCGCCCAUCAUCAAGAACGCCAUCUCCUUGCCCCAGCUCAACCAGGCCGCCUAUGACAGCCUGAUGGUGGGCAAGCUCAGCUUCGACAGCAGCCCUGCCAGCUCCACGGAAGGCCGCUCAGCUUACGCCCUGGACUCAGGAUUCUGCACCAUCUCCCGCCUGCCCCGCCUGGAAAAGGCCAGUGAGCAAGACCGGGACCCUUCCUUCCCCUGUGAGCCAGAGCUGCGCCGCUCUGACUCACUUUUGUCCUUACGCCUCGACCUUGACCUCGGGCCCUCACUCCUCAGCGAGCUUCUGGGGGUCAUGAGCCUCUCAGAAGCCCCUGCAGCUGAGACCCCAGCCCCUGCUUCAAAUCCCUUGAUUGCUGCCACAAACCCCUCUGCCCCUUCUGCAAAUCUCAAGGACCUUGCCCCAAACCCACUGGCUCCUGCCCCAAACCCACUGGCCCCUACCCCAAACCCACUGGCCCCUGCUGCACAGCCCCCACCCCAUGGACAUUUCCCCAAUGGGGUAACCGCUGGGUUGGGCCCAGGAGCUGAGGUGAGCGCCAGCCUGGUAGGAGAGGGGCCCCGAGCACCGGCCGACAUGGCCCUUGGGAGGCACUGGGGAGCCAGCCAGGGUGCCACCCAGGGCAUCGGCCACUACCCAGAGGUGCAUGCCCAGCCGGAGCCCACGGAGGGCUCCUGGGAGAGCCUGGAGGAAGAGUGGAGGGCACCUCAGGCAGGCAGCAGGGCCUCCGUGCCCAGCACUGUGCAGGCUGACACCUUCGAGUUUGCUGACGCUGAGGAUGAUGAGGUUAAGGUGUGAGGGGGUUGGGCUCGGGCUCAGGACCUGCCAGAUGAGAGAGACGGGGCAGCCAGGUCUCCCCAGACCCCUGCUCGCCUCUGCAGAUCAGAUAAUGGGAGGGGACACGAGGGGAGUCCCGGGCUGGGUCCUCAGUGGCCCUGCUGAGCAGACCUACUGUCUCUCGGGGCCCCACCCAUGCCACCCCCACCGGCUGGAGGUCCAGCCUCUCAGUGUGGCUUUUGUGCCUGAGGAAGCUGCCCUUGGGGGGUGGGGGUGGGGACCUGACCACACGGAGCCAUGGUCUGCUCUCCCAGGCAGAGUCCUGCCCCAGACCAUCGGGGCUCCCCCCAGAAGGACCCCACCAAGUCCCCAAGUCCCUCCCCAGGCUGCCUCCCCAGCAUUCCCGCUUGUCCCCGAAGCCUCUCAGAAAGGUCAGGUGUGACCUUGCAGGAGGACUCCUGCUCUGGGGCUUGAUUAAAGAAGGCUUUUUCUUUUCUUUCUUUUUUUGGUACUGGGGAUCGAACUCAGGUCCUUGUGCUUGCGCAGCAGGCGGCAAAACCACUGAGCUAAAUCCCCGGCCCAAAGAAGGCUUUUUUGAUAAAAGUUGUCUAGCUAGAACCUUGGGGACCUGGGAGAGCCGCUUAGCCCCCUACUGAGAUGCCAUCCCCUCCUAGACUUUGGAAAGCACUCAGCCCCAGCCAGGAGGCCAGGCUGGUACUGAGUAACCAGACUGGAAUGCCUGCCUGAGAUAAGGGCCCAGGUGCAAGCCUUAUCUGCAGUUUCCGGGACAGCCCCUGGCCCAGGAGCCCGCAACCAGCACCCUCCCCACAAUCCCACGGGGCAACUUGGCAUUUACUCUGGCGAUAACAGGGAGGUAGGCAGGCGUGGAUACUUGGGGCCAUUUGGGAGCACACCCAGCCUCCCCAUCUGGCAGAGCAAUGUCCUUGUGCCUCAGUUUCCUCUUUGUAUCAUGAAAAUGCCAGGAGCUUUAAAAUACCUGGAAAGCAAUAAUAACCACAGUUCCACCACAGA